AUGUCGACCGAACUUUUACAGAAUUGCUCUACAACACAUUGUGGAAGCACAACAUAUAACUCAAAUGUAACAAGCUCUGCUCAGACACAUACCCUCGAAAAUUACACUACGGCAAGGCUGGAAGAGGUAGAUAUGCCCCUCAAAGAGGUGUUAAAACUAAGUGUAGAAUUGUUAAUUGCUUUGUUCGGUGUAGUGGGUAACGUCUUCGUGACAAUCAUCAUUAGUAAAAUGGGCAAGAAAACAGGAGUGGAUCUCUAUCUUCUUAACUUGGCCAUUGCAGAUCUCAGCUACCUGUUGUUAACACUGCCUAUAGGAAUAAUCAAACAGAAACUUCCAUUUAAAUGGCCUCUUGGAAAAUUUUUUUGCCUGCUCCUGUGUCCUUUCACUGACGCAACCAUCGGAUCAUCUAUAUGGUUUAUUGCAAUUAUUGCCAUUCAAAGAUAUAGAAAGGUCCUCGCUCUUCAAGCUAAACGCAGUGACGAAAAAAACACUUCCCUAAGAACAGAUAAAAUCGUAGUCGGGUUUGUGUGGGUGACGUCGUAUUGCUUCUUUUCUAUUCCACUCAACAUUGUUUACAGAUAUCUGGAGAACGACCAAAUGAAGUAUUGUGGUCCAGUUUGGCCUCACUGGGAUAAAACGCGUAUUUUAUUGCGCACGUAUAUCGCUGCUUUAACUUUGCUCUCUUAUAUAUUGCCACUUUCUGUGAUAGCACUGACUUAUAUUGGGAUAGCACGCAGAAUUUCUCGCAGUACCAAAUUUCUGAAGGACAUGAAAAUGAAACAAAACGGCGAUUCACAAUCAAGUGAUAAAGUUUUACGUUGGUCCAGAGUUGAGGCAGAGCGACUUCAGCAGAACAAACGAGUGAGGAAAGUCUUAACGCCUUUAGUUUUGAUGUUUGCCAUAACCAUGCUUCCUUUAAAUGCGAUGCGUAUUGUACUAGCUUCCUGGCCAGUGGUCGUCCAUCAUAGAUACUAUAAUGAUACCAUAUUCGUCCUUGUGUUAUUUGUUGCGAUCAAUUCGUCUGCAAAUCCUGUGAUCUAUUCACUGGUCAACAAAAACUUCCGCAAGGCACUGAAGGAACUAACACCUCGCCGACUACCUUGUUCCUUUAAUUUUUUGUCACGUUCAUGGCAACCUACUCAGCUAUCUCAUAAUCAGAUGCCCGCUUUUUACAUAAACAAAACCUUUAAGACGUCGGAAUCGGCGAUUCCGAGUGCAACGUCGCAGAUUUCACUGUUGGAACACUUCUCCCUUAAAACUGUCAGAAGCAGCACGUCCGCAAUCACCACACCUUAG